GGAACCUACGGCGGCAGUUAUCUGGGGGUGGGGGGGGCGGCCCUGGAGUCGGGACUGUGGCGGUGCGCGGGGACCCGGAGCAGUGGCUGCGGUGGCUGCGGGGCGGACGAGAAACUACUAAACUUCCUGUGGAAGCAAAGCAGAAUUUCGUAAGAACAUAAUGGACAGAACUUCGAUGUCAGUGAAUUCAAGUAAGAAAAUGGUCAGACCAGACCAAAAGUAUUGUUUAAAUCAACAGCUUAUAUUCCUGAACAACAGAUCAGCAAUGUUAUUGUGCCAAAUAUAAUUGAUGGAGAAGAGAAAACUUAUGGUGGCUGUGAAGGCCCUGAUGCCAUGUAUGUCAAAUUGAUAUCUUCGGAUGGUCAUGAAUUUAUCGUAAAAAGAGAACAUGCAUUAACAUCAGGAACAAUAAAAGCCAUGUUGAGUGGCCCAGGUCAGUUUGCUGAGAAUGAAACUAAUGAAGUGAAUUUUAGAGAGAUUCCUUCACAUGUGCUAUCAAAAGUAUGCAUGUAUUUUACUUACAAGGUUCGCUACACUAACAGCUCCACGGAGAUUCCUGAAUUCCCCAUUGCACCUGAAAUUGCACUGGAACUGCUGAUGGCUGCGAACUUCCUAGAUUGUUAAAUAAAAUAAAUUAUAAUAAACUGUUAACUUUUUUCAGUAUUUAAUACCUGUAGUUCAGUUAGUAAUUUUUUUCAUAUAUAGCAUGUUGCCUGUGUGCACUUGAACUUUAAAGUUCAUUGCAAUGCAGGUUAUCUUCUGUUCUUUUGCAUAGCAAUCCGAGUUGAAAUUUGUUUGCUACAUCAACAAAUUAAGGACAUUUUCACAAAAUGAGAAAUAAACAAAUAUGCCAGUUCGUAGAUAGUUUUGCCUUAUCCUUUGGAUGUGAUUUUUUUAAAUUAGAGUGGUGGUGAUACAGUAAAUGCUGAAAUUUAGGCAUAAAUGAACACGUUCUACAGGUAAAUAAUGGGGCUACGUAUUUUUAUGUUUUUAGUGUUUUUUUAAAAAAACUAUUCUGAUCUUAGAGUUGUCGUUAGCAUUACUAGAAGUAUGCAAAUAAUUGCAUUAUAAACAUGUUUAUAACUUAGCCAAAUAUUGAUUUUUAUAACUGUCAAAGACAUAAGAGUUGAAAUUUCUUAUGUGUCUUUUGAUAAACUGCAGUAUUGUUUAAGUGUAUCUUGUCUUUUUGUUUAUUGCUACAAUUUAAGAACUUUAUUUAAAAGCAAUUUUGGAUGAUUACUAGGUAAGCUUUUGGAGCACUGACUUUUUGAACUGUAGCCACGUGGUCAACCAGUAAACUACAUGACCUUGAUUUCAUGUGCACUGUACAUUUUGGCCAAUCCAAAGUACUGUACUUUCAUUGACUAUAAAGCUUUCCUUUGCAAUAUUCAUUAUUUUUACAUAGUCUCUUGUUGUGAUUACACUUCUGAUUAUUUAAAUAUGUUUUAAAAGACUCACUCUGAACUUGAUCCAGAUCUUAAAAGCUACACUUUUCUGAACUAUUCUAGUCUUCCUGCAUCCAACUGAAAUGUUAUAAAAUAUGAUAAACAUCGAGAGAUGCAGUGCAAAUCUUAUAACGCACUUUGAUAUAGUAUAUGGAUUAUCUUCUAUUAAUUAAAAUGUGUCCCCCAAAUAGGAUACCCAUAAUCUGUGGGUCUUCUACUGAA